ACUCGUUCGCGAAUGCAUCCUUUUCGGUGGCUCCCGCGAUAAUGACGGUGAUCCGGUAGAUCCGUCACGCCGCCUUUUCCGUCCGGCGAGUGCGACGCACUUGCAGAGAUAUAGGGGGAAAAUAGAAGAAAAUUGAGUAAAGUUGGUGCGCGUAUUUUCUGAAACCGCGGGGAUCCGAGAGAGGUGCGGAUAUUCCCGCUCUGGAUCGUGAUAAAUUUCACACAGAGGUACGGCGAAAUGGAGAGUCGCUUCCAGGGCAGAACGCCGGAGGACGACGUGAUCGGGCAGUUGCAAAGUAACAAACGAUCCCCGAUGACGCUAAACGUCAGCGGACUGUGGGACGUGGUUCCACGGUUGGAUUAUUAUAGGGUGAGCCGUCGCGUGAAGAGGCCAUCGUUGAACACUUUGCACGAGGGAAAUCUCACAAAGGACGCCAAUGUCGAGUGCGGGCAGCAGCAGGUCGGGAACGUCGGAGGUCAGCAGCAGCAGCAGCAGCAGGGCCACGUCGGAAUAAAAUUAGGAUGGAUCCAGGGCGUCCUCAUACCGUGUCUGCUGAACAUAUGGGGCGUUAUGCUGUUUCUGCGACUCUCGUGGGUGGUCGCGCAGGCCGGCAUUCUACAGAGUAUCGUCAUUAUCGGGAUAUCGGCGGUCGUCUGCGUCAUUACGACGCUUAGCCUCAGCGCAAUUAGCACUAAUGGGGAAGUAAAGGGAGGUGGAAUAUACUUCAUCAUAUCCCGAUCUCUCGGGCCGGAGUUCGGCGCGUCGGUUGGCAUCGUGUUCGCAUUCGCGAACGCGGUAGCGGCUUCUAUGAACACAAUCGGCUUCUGCGAUUCUCUGAACGACUUGCUAAAGACGUACGGCUUGAAGAUCAUAGAUAAUGGCGUGAAUGACGUUAGAAUCGUCGGUAUGAUAGCGCUGGUCGUUAUGAUCCUUAUCUGCGCGGUCGGCAUGGAGUGGGAAUCAAAGGCGCAAAAUUUUCUCAUCGCCGUAAUCGUGGGCGCUAUCUUCGAUUUCCUCAUCGGGACCAUCAUGGGCCCGAAAACUCCGGAGCAGGAAGCGAAAGGUUUCAAGGGAUUCUCUGCGGAGGUGUUUAUGAAUAAUCUCGAGGCGGAUUAUCGGUUUUCCGAGAAUAAGAAUCAAACAUUCUUCACCGUGUUCUCAAUAUUUUUCCCAUCUGUCACCGGGAUUCAAGCAGGCGCUAAUAUAUCCGGUGAUCUGAAGGAUCCAGGUAGCAGCAUACCGAUCGGGACUCUCCUCGCCUUGCUGAUCUCCAUGCUCAGUUAUAUAACGUUUGUCUUUUUCGCCGGUGGCGCGGCCGCCAGAGACGCAGGCGGUUUGGUGAACAAUACUAUCGCGAAUUGCACUGCCGGGAUCAACUGCACUUACGGACUACAUAACAGUUAUUCGGUCAUGCAAUUGAUGUCUCUUUGGGGCCCGUUAAUUUACGCGGGAUGCUUCGCAGCCACCCUGUCGACGGCGCUGACGAAUUUAUUAUCCGUGCCGCGGCUCAUUCAGGCUCUCGGUCAGGAUAAAAUUUAUCCCGGCCUGAUUUAUUUCAGUAAAGGAUACGGGAAGUCCGGCGAGCCUUACCGAGGGUACGUUCUAACCUUCGGCGUCGCCGGUCUCUUUCUCUUAAUCGCCAAUCUCAACGCAGUCGCGCCGCUGAUCUCGAACUUUUACUUAGCGUCGUACGCCUUAAUCAACUUCUGCACUUUUCACGCGGCGUUGAUUCGAUCGCUCGGAUGGCGACCCAGUUUCAAGUAUUACAACACCUGGCUGUCUCUGUUCGGUUUUAUCAUUUGCGUGGCGAUUAUGUUCCUCAUCGACUGGGUGACUUCGCUCGUCACCUUCGUCAUCAUCUUCGCGUUAUACCUGAUAGUAGUCUACCGCAAGCCGGAUGUCAAUUGGGGCAGCAGCACGCAAGCUCAAACCUACAAGACGGCGCUUUCCGUCGUGUACAAAUUGAAUAGCAUGGACGAGCAUGUGAAGAAUUACGCGCCGCAAAUUCUGGCGCUCACCGGCCCACCUGGCGCGAGACCAGCGCUGAUACAUCUGGCGAACCUCAUCACGAAGAAUAAUUCUUUGCUGAUCUCCGGCGAGGUCUUCCCGACGCGGCUGUCGUAUCGCCUGCGCUCCGUACGUCUGAGAAACGGUUACACGUGGUUGUAUCAGAAUCGUAUCAAAUCAUUCUACCACAUGGUGGAGGAUAUGAGCCUCGAGCGAGGUGCAGCCGCCUUGAUGCAGGCCAGCGGGGUUGGCAGAUUAGCUCCCAAUGUGGUCCUCAUGGGUUACAAGACUCAUUGGUCGACGUGCAAUCACAAGGACCUGCAGGAAUAUUUCAACGUUCUCCACAAUGCCUUCGACCACAAGCUGGCUGUGGCUAUUUUGAGAAUCGCCGAUGGCCUGGACUAUUCCGGCGCGACGAGCGCGAAUGGAGACGACGAACACGGAAACCUCGCUCAGAGCAGCUACGAUCUGGCGGGGAACACCUUGAUGCACGCCGACAGCGAUCUUUCCAUGAGCACGCAGAUUCCCAGAGUGCAGAGUGUGCCGACGAUAGGCACGUCGUUCGUCACACCCACCGACGUCCCAAAUGUGAUGAGGGAUUCGCCGAUACACUGGAACGCCCGGGGGAAUUUAAAGCAGAAGAAAAAGCUCGCCCUCGACAGGAUGUUCGACAAGCACAACGGUAUGGCCUCUAUAUCGGAGAACAUGACGAUCUUCCAGAAGAAGCACAAACAGGGCACGAUUGACGUAUGGUGGUUGUACGAUGACGGAGGUCUGACAAUCCUCCUGCCGUAUAUACUCAGCACACGGUCUGGUUGGGAGCAUUGCAAAAUGACGAUAUUCGCUUUGGCCAAUCAUAAACAGAACAUCGAUGCUCAGGAGAAGGAAAUGAUUGAGAUAAUGCGCAAAGCUCGAAUCAAAUACAGCGGCUUAAAGAUGGUGGACGGCAUCUGCGUCGAGCCGCAACAGGAGACGCAGUCCUUCUUCGACAAGUUGAUAUCCGACUUCCGGAUGAACAAUUCUUCGGACAAUUCCGAAUGCUGCGUGACCGACCUCGAGCUGCAGACUUUACGGGAAAAGACCCAUCGGCAGCUGCGACUGCGUGAGUUGCUGUUGGAGAACUCGAGUCAGUCUACCUUGGUAGUAAUGUCUUUACCGAUGCCAAGGAAGGGCGCGGUCUCGGCGCCGUUGUACAUGGCCUGGCUGGAGUCACUCACAAGGGACAUGCCGCCCACAAUCUUAGUCCGUGGAAAUCACACAUCCGUGUUGACGUUCUACUCGUAGUCUACCGUAUCCUGGUUUAGGUAUAAUUCAAGUUCGCGUGUGAACCCUGACGCCGCGGGAAGUCUCUCUCAAGCGAGGAGAAACUUUUCCAAUGUGAACGCACAGUAUUUGGAAUAUUUAUGCCAAAACUAAUGUAGAUACGCCCAAUAACUUCUUCGACGCGUUUCUGUUUCCCCCUUUCUUUUCUUUUUUCUUUUUACCUGUACUUAAAGUCCACCUUGUAUUUAAUUUUAUCGAUUGUAAGUUAUAGAGAAUUAAGGGGCUCUUCACGACCAUAAGUGUGUGUUAAGCCGGACAACUCUAGUACCUGUCUAGGACAGUCUUUCUGUACUGUUUUCAAUUACUCGACUAGUCUUGCGUUUCAAUUAAUGAAAUAACUACCAACGAUCGAGCGGAAAUGAACGAAGACUCUUUUUAGUCAAGGUGAACAUCGAAGCGAAAACAUAAGUAACAAUGUGUCUGUAAUUUUUCACGAUUACUUGGUUGAUGAAAAAUUCAGUAUUAUACGAGUUACUUGUACACGAUACAAAUAGCAAGUGAAAUUUCAUUGCGAUGUACGAAAACAUGGUUUGGAAAAUAACGAAUGAUAACUUAGAUAAUGUUACACGCAUUUUUGACACAAGUAGAAAUAAAUGCAUAACGGCCAAGCCUCACAAAGCCUUUCACAAGAAAUAUUCACGUGUAUAUGACCAGUUGGCAUCGGUAAUUAAAAAAAAAAAAACCGCCGGUAGUUUGUAUAAAAUUAGAGCGUUAACGUAGUUAAGCACUUAAUAUUGGUUUUUUAAGGUUUUAUAAAUUAAUGCAGCAAGAGAUUAUAUAUAUUAUAGAAAAUAUGUCUACAUUUUAUUCAUAAUUACUCUAUUAUUGCGAAUACAUGUACAUAUAUUUUUUGAGUUGAGAUAGUUUCGCUUCUUAGUUAUUAAAAAUUGUAAAGACGAAAUAUAUAUUUAUAUGUAGAGAUAUUGAUAUAAAUAUAUAAAAGACAUAUUUUAAAUAUAUAUUGUACAAGUGAAAUAUAAACGCGCACGAAACACGGUGACUUCGAAAACAAGGAUGUCAUAUCAUUUCCCAAAUAUAGUGAGAAACUACUCCGUUGAAAAAAAAAAAAGGA